AUGGUAUCUGGAGAUAAUGUGACUUCUGACAAGGAGGAGUACACCCCCACUGAGGGAUUAUUAGUAACUCUGAGCUGUACAUAUGAAACAAGCAGCAGUAACAUCUACCUUUACUGGCACCAACAACACCCUAACCAGGCACCUCAGUACCUACUGUAUAAAGGUGCCAGAGCAAAUAGUGUUGACCAUAUCUCUAAUCAUCUAUAUGAAUCUACAACAUCCCAAACGUCAACUACACUCAUGAUAAAACAAGAAACUCUGGCAGACACAGCUCCACUACUGUGCCCUGAAGGACGUUUCUGAGAGGAUGUACAAAAACUAGUACACUGAUAAAUGACUUGUUUUAGAUGAGCUUGUUGGUCAUUUCCUGACCACAGUUCAUUAUCAGGCUCAGAGCAACACAGGGUUUGUAGAUAACAUUAUUGUGGUUACACCAGUUGUAAAAACACAUUUAGCAUAAUAGUGGAAAAUUGUAUAACAUACAAAUUAAAGAAUAUUAUGAAUAUGGAAACCAAAGCAUUUUAAAAUAAAAUGUUCUUCCUCUUAUUCAUUCACUUCAGAAGAUCCUCUGAACAAUGAGUUGCGUUGUGUUUAGAGGAGGAUCUAGUAUGAGAAUGAAAAUUAGACAGUCAAAAUAGCAUGAAGGUCUUUCCUCAGUGCAUUGUAAACUUGUCUCUCUAACAUUAACCAUGCUGUGCUGGUUCACCUUGUUCUUUUUAAACAUCACUGGGUAAGUAAAAUACAUUUAACAGUAAUGAUAAUGUGUAAUUACGUCAUUACAAGCUUAGAAAAACAACACACAAGCUUUGACCGGAGAAAAAUAACUUUUAUUUUAUUUUCUGUAGGUGGGGAUGGAACUUUCUCCAACAGUCUUGAGGAGGAUGUGAUACAUGGUGGCAGUGUCAAGCUUUCCUGCAACUACACAGUAUCUGGUGGACGCAGUGUCUUAUAGUAUCACCAAUAUCCCACAUCUGCUCGCCAAUUCCUCCUCCUCAUCUCAGUGUAUUCAGCAUCUGCUGAGACAAUAGUUCAUGCAGAUCCGCCGUGUCCUCGACUGUCAGUUAACGUUGACAAAGUGGCUGAACGUGUGGAUCUGGAGAUCUCCUCUGUUGAA